AUGCACCAGCAGCAGACACAGUUUUCUACACUCUGGGUCCUAGUGGCGCCCCCCCACAGUCUGGCACCUGAGGCCGCCGCCUCAGUUCUCCUCAUGGAUCCAAAUGAAGAUACGGAAUGGAAUGACAUAUUAAGAGAUUUUGGAAUACUACCUCCAAAAGAUGAACCAAAAGAUGAAACUGAAGAAAUGGUUUUACGUUUACAGAAAGAAGCAGAGGUGAAACCAUAUGAAAGAAUGACUCUUAAAGAACUAAAUGAAGCUGAAGAUGACUUUGAUGAGGAUGAUAUGAAAGCUCUUGAAAUGUAUAGGCAACAACGGUUGCAAGAAUGGAAAAUUCUUCAGAAAAGACAAAAGUAUGGGGAUCUGAGAGAAAUUUCUGGUGAGCAAUAUGUGAAAGAAGUCACAAAUGCUCAGAAGGAUGUGUGGGUUGUAAUUCAUCUAUAUAGAUCAAGCAUCCCAAUGUGCUUACUAGUUAACCAACAUCUCAGCCUGCUAGCCAGAAAGUUUCCAGAAAUCAAGUUUAUCAAAGCCAUUGUGAACAGCUGUAUUCAAAACUACCAUGACCGAUGUUUACCCACAAUUUUUGUGUACAGAAAUGGUCAGAUAAAAGGCAGGUUCAUUGGAGUUACUGAAUGUGGAGGGACAAAUCUUAAACUAGAAGAGCUUGAAUGGAAGUUAGCACAAGUUGGAGCAAUAGAAACUGACUUAGAAGAAAGCCCUAAACAAAACAUUACAGAUAUGAUGAUGUCUUCAGUUAGAAGUGCUUCUAUUCAUGACACCAACAGUGCUAGUAGGGACAAUGAUGAGACCAAAUGUUACUCACAUAGGAAUUUUUAA